UGGAGAAGCCCAUGGUGAGGCAGGCUGUCCCCCUGCAGCCCAUGGAGGAUGAUGGUGGAGCAGAUCUCCACCUCCAGCCCUUGUGAGGAAGGGGUACAAAAGGAUUAAAUCUGUCAGAGAAAAAGACCUCUUCUUAGCUCAGCUACUGAACAAAUAGCACAUUUUUGAAUCAUGUGAAUAUUGCAUGCCGGACGUUUUUCAGUCACUAGUUUAUUAACUACUUGCAUGGUUUGAGGCAAACAUAAUACUUUUUUUUUUGAGGCCAAACCCAACCUUUUCUCCACUGCAGUUGCCCAUGGGAAUUUCCCUGGGACCCUGACCCUAAUGGUCGUGGGCAGAUGUUUGCUUUUAUGUGUGAUAAGGCAGCUCCUUGGCCAAGGUGCGUUGCUUUGUGUAUGCCCGGGCAGAGGGCACUGCCUGGAGGGGCUGUCCUGGGGGAUGCGGGCAGGCUGGCUUCGGGGCAGCGGGGGCUCAGGCACGCUUGCGCAGCCUUUGGGCACUGCUCUUUGCUGGUAGAGUUGUAGAAAGGGGGGAAAGAGGGAGAAGGGAAAGGUUGCUUUCCUUUAAACAAUUUAAAAAAAAAAAUAAAAGGAUUUUAAUAGUGGGCAGCGGGUUUUUCUCUCUUGAGGCUUGCUGGUGCCUGGGCAGUGCUAUCCCGUCCUCACCCCGGGACAGCUCUGGGUGUAGCAGCCUGUCACGUGCCGUGAAUCGCAGGAUCGGUAUGUGCCUUAUCGUGGUUACUGCUGAAGAGCUGUGGGUGGGCUGGGUGCUGUUAGUUUGGGGGGGUUGUUUUUCUGAGCUGUGAGAAAUGAAGCACAACCAGCCCUUGUAUUUUUUCUUCUUAGUUUGUAUUGUUGUUUUGGGGCCAAAAGUUGUCAACAGCUCGUUCGCUUGCUGUCCAUGUUUAAAUUACUCAUUAAUGCUCAGACUGCUUUAGGCAGGGCAGAUCAUGACUAGGCUGGAAAGCUGUGAAUUUACUAAAUCUUUUACUGGUAAAAAGCCCAAAAUUUUCCCCUGCUGUCAAAAGGGGGAGAAGUUUGGUGUACCUGAGAGAGCAACAGUAAAUGUAACUCGGCUUGGCUGGUAAGAGCGGGAGGCUGCGCUUUCUUCUAGUGUUUUGUUAUCUUGCUGAAGAUGCCUGUUAGGCGGAAGGGCAGGAGCACUUUGCCCUCUUUGUCUUUUGAACUUUGUCCAGUUGGUCAGGAUUGAUUAUAAACCUGGAUGCUAAUUAUGCUGCUUCUCAUUUUACUGAACAAAGGUGUGUUGGCAACACUCCCUUGCUGUGGCUGGAGUCUCCAGGACAAGACGUAUGAAGUAAAAUGGUCGAGGAGGAAGCUAAAAGCUUACCUAUGGAGCUGAGCGAGAAGGGAGGUGUGGAGAACAACGGAUUUGUUCAAAAUGAGGCUUUUGAUGACAAGGUGACCGACACCAGUAGCCAAGAAGAAAUGCCAAAAACGUGCAUUGUUGAUGCAGACCCAGCCGCUAUGGAAGAGCCGGUGUUGAAGCCCUACGCGGGGAUGCCGAAGGAAGUCUUGCUGAAGUUCUCCAGCCAAGCCCGGUACAGAGUCACCAGGGAGAUUCUUUUCUGGCUCAUGAUCGCCGCUGCCAUCGUGCUUGUGUGCGCUACGAUUGCGAUUAUUGCCCUGUCUCCAAAGUGCCUUGACUGGUGGCAGGCUAGUCCUAUCUAUCAGAUCUAUCCUCGUUCCUUCAAGGACAGCAACAAGGAUGGGAACGGGGAUCUGAAAGGUAUCCAAGAAAAACUGGACCAUAUCACGUAUUUGAAUAUAAAAACCAUCUGGAUCACCUCUUUCUAUAAGUCCCCCUUAAAAGACCUUGGAUAUGGAGCUGAAGACUUCUAUGAUAUCGAUCCCAUGUUUGGAUCAAUGAGCGAUUUUGAGAAUCUGCUUGCAGCCAUACACGACAGAGGGUUGAAGGUGAUAAUGGAUUUAAUACCAAACCACACAAGUGACAAACACCGAUGGUUUCAGCUGAGUCGCAAUCAGACUGGGAAGUACACGGACUACUACAUCUGGCAGAACUGCACGCAGGCGGCUGGUUCGGUCACUCCUCCAAACAACUGGGUGAGUGUCUUUGGGAAUUCCAGCUGGCAGUUUGACGAUGUGAGAAAGCAGUGUUAUUUUCAUCAGUUCGGGAAGGAACAGCCAGACUUGAAUUUUCGCAACCCUGCUGUCCAACAAGAAAUCCAUGAUAUUAUCAAAUUUUGGCUUGGCAAAGGAAUCGAUGGAUUUAGUUUCAGCGCUGUUAAAUUUCUUUUAGAAGCAACACAUCUACGGGAUGAGCCUCAAGUGAACAAGUCCCAGAAUCCAGAGACUAUCACAGCCUAUUCCCAGCUCUACCAUGACUACACAACUACGCAAGUUGGUAUGCACGAUAUCAUCCGUAGCUUCCGUCAAACCAUGAAUCAGUUCAGCAGUGAACCUGGCCGAUACAGGUUUAUGGGUUCUGAUGGUGAUGAAAAGGACAACAUCGAAGCAACAAUGAUGUAUUAUGGAACAACUUUUAUCCAAGAAGCAGAUUUUCCCUUCAACUUCAACCUAAUUAACAUGAAAAAUCUAUCUGGCAAUAGUAUUUUUGAAGCUGUCAACUUGUGGAUGAAAAACAUGCCUGCAGGAAAAUGGCCAAACUGGGUGGUUGGAAGCCCUAACGCUGCCCGGAUUUCAUCUCGGAUUGGGAAGGAGUACGUCAAUGUUAUAAAUAUGCUGCUUUUAACCCUCCCUGGUACUCCUGUAACUUACUAUGGUGAAGAAAUAGGCAUGGAGAACAUUGCCUCAGAAAACGUGACCUUUCCAGAGAAAUCCCCCAUGCAGUGGGAUGGCAAAGCGAAUGCUGGUUUUACUGAAGGCAACAGUAGCUGGUUACCUGUUAACUCUGACUAUCAAAGUGUAAAUGUUGAGAUCCAGAUGACCUGGUCCAACUCAACCCUGAAUCUGUACAGAGAGCUAACUUUACUUCGUAACAAUGAGCUACCCAUUCAUCGGGGGUGGAUGUGCUACAUCUGGAAUGACAGAAAUGUUUUUGUCUAUGUGAGGGAAUUGGAUGGGCUAGACAGAGUCUUUAUGAUGGUUCUCAACUUUGGGCAGGAAUCGACAAUUGACUUGAAAGCUAUAGUUCCUAGCCUUCCAUCUGAAGCUGUUAUAAGACUGAGUACUAAUUUUAGCAAUGCUGGUAAAGCUGUCAAUACCAAACUAAUUAAAACCGAAAUGGGAGAAGGCCUGGUCCUUGAAUAUAAAACAGCAGAGCCUGUUCAUACUAUGGAAGGUUUUAAAGGAAAUUGUUUUGUGGCAGAAAAAGCUUGUUAUUCCAGUGCCUUCAAUUUACUCUACAUGAACUGUUAAGAGCAGAUGUAGAAUAACCAAGCUUUCAUGUUAAUUUAGAAAAUGUUGGUUUCAGGGAAAUGCUAAAAAUUUUCAGUUUUCUUUCAGUUUUAAAACUUUGUGUACAAAAUAAACAUCCUGAAAAAUAAAACG